UUUGGCUAUUCCGCAGGGAUGGAGGGCUUGGUGGGCCACCGGCAUGGGAUCGGUCCCAUGUGUGUAUUGCAGGGUGCCUCCGGGCACUACGCAACACCCCCUGUUUUGAUGCUGUCUUACACAGCAUAUACCAAAGAUCUUUCCAGGUUUUUAGACAGUGAUUUUUCAGUUUUCGGUUUUUUGAUCGUUUUUUAUCAGUGCCAGAGGUUUUUCUUUUCCAAGGUGUUCGUUGAUAAUUUCAUUGAAGUGGGUUUCUGUGUUCAAAUUCAAGCGUUCACACAUGCUCAUCUGACCCCGAAGAGUCGUGCAGAAAUUGAUAAAAUUGUGAAGAAAAUACGACCCUACCAUGGAAUUUUAUUGCUCGAGGACGUAUGGCCAAGUCCGGAUGCAAACCCUUCUGUAACUUUGCUUCUAAAGCAUUGUGAGCCUGAUCGUUCGAUCUUGGAUAUAUCAACGGCGUCGGGAUUGCCAUUGCUUCAAGUCUUUCUUAUCGUUCGCCACCUACUUCUAUGGGCUCGAGCUAUUGUUAUCUAUCCUUUGUGCAAUGCAAAUGUCUAUUCUUCAGCAACGUAUCCGAAGCCAUUGGGCAGAUACAUAUCACUAUUUUCGCAACAGUUCGGUCCAUCAUUUCAUUUGGCCGACGUGUUAGCCCAGUUCGAUCCACCAAGUUCGCUUGGUGUGUAUCUGAAUUCACACCAACCACUUGCUGACCAACAAAAUAGGGCGAAAGUUAUUGUUGCUCUUCUACGACACCAACUUAUCUUGCAGGUGUUUUAUUUUUAUUUCUUAUUAAAAUGUUUGGAUGAUGCGUUCAGACGAAAGUCCUUUGUGUAG